AUGAGGCCGGCGAUAUCCUUACGGCAAUGGAUAAAGCUCCGCCAGUCUUUGUCUUCCGUCGACGCACCACCAAACUCUCCCGCGAUCUUCCUCACCCCAUCCGCAAAUCCUCUCGCUCUCCGAAAGCAGAUCCCCGGCUCUAAACGAGCAUUCCACGUCACACAAGCCCAAAAUGCGGCGCGCAAAGCGCUCAGGUCACCGGCAGCAAGAGCGAAAGAAAGAGAUGCGCUCCAAAGCUACGCAAUGCCAGAGCUGAUGGGGUCUAAAGUCAUGAACAGAGAUGGAUUCUUCAUGGUUUGUUUAGGCGAAGCACUGAAAUCGGGACACCAGGAUCAAUGGUACAAGAAACACUUCGACUCGAUUCCGUUCGAGUAUGAUAAAGCCAUUAAAGACGGGUUUAUCCCCAGGGCGAUCAGCUACAAGACUUUCAAAUCUGUGAAAACAAAGCUUAUGGAUGCGGCAUUAUCAGCUCGGCCUAAUGCACAGGCCAUUCGGGCUAUUUCUGUCGAUGUCAACGCUGUGUUCCGCAUUGGCUAUUGCGCAACUCGCUUCGAGCCACAUCUUCGAGAGUGGAUCAUUUCAUCGUGUGCGAUGGCGAAAGCGCGCAUUCCUCUAAUUCUCGUCACAAAGAGAGCCAUGGAGCUUUCUAAAGUUCCAUCGCGCACUGAAUGGACUACCGAGAUUGAGAAGCUCGCCGUGGAGCGAUACCCUCCUGCUCUGGUGCUGCACGCAAAAAUGCUGGGUCUGCGCGGUGAACACAAGGACGCUAUUGAUCUUCUCGAGCAAGAGGUGUUGCCGUUCAUUACUCCCACGCAGCAGUUACCAAGGUUUUUCGACGACAUUAUGCUUAUGGGACAGCUUGAAUCACCGUGGAGACUAUACGCGCUGCUUCUGGCGCGAUACGACGCCAUGCACAAUGAUCCGGAAGUUCGAAAAAAAGUCCGACGAGGCGAUUAA